CACUCGGCGAUUCCCGGGAAGGCGAGCAGCGCCUGAGGGGGAGCGGCUACGGCGCCUCAUCCCCGCGCAUGCGCGGGAGCGGCCCGGCAAGAUGGCGGAGCUGGAGGAGCCGAGGCGGCGGAUCCCGCUGGUACCAGAGAACUUGCUGAAGAAGAGGAAGGCGUACCUGGCCAUCAAGGCCACCCAGGCCAAGCAGGCGCUGCUCAACAAGCGCAAGCAGCAGAAGGGGAAACAGAUCCAGUUCAGGCGUCUGGAGACCUUUGUUCGUGACUCGUGGCGCAAACGCCGCGAUGACGCCCGGCUGAGGCGCAUGGAGCAGAGACCUGGGCAGGCAGUGGCACCUCAGGAGAGCAAACUGGCCUUUGUCGUGAGGAUUGUGGAUAUUAAGGGAGUGACUAAGAGGGUGAAAAAAGUGAUGAAGUUGCUGCGGCUGAAGAAGAAUUACACUGGGAUGUUCGUGAAGCUGAGCCCGCUGACGCUGAAGAUGCUGCGGACCGUGGAGCCGUACGUGGCGUGGGGGCAGCCUAACCUGAAGUCUGUACGAGAGCUCAUCCUGAAACGGGGCCAGGCCAAGAUCAAGAAAAAGAGGGUGCCUCUGACAGACAACAUGCUGAUAGAGGAACAUUUAGGGGGCUGUGGUAUCAUUUGCCUGGAAGACCUUAUUCAUGAAAUCUACUCAACUGGGAAGUAUUUCAAAAGAGUAACCAGCUUUCUGUGGCCGUUCCAUCUGUCGGUGGCUCGCCACGCGUCGCGGAACAGAGUGGGUUUCCUCAAGGAGAUGGGCAAGCCUGGCUACAGAGGUGAUGAAAUCAACCGGCUCAUCCGUCAGCUCAACUAGUCAGGUUUUUGUGAAAACUUCAGGAUCAAGACUUCACCUGUUCCUUUUCACAUGUACCUUUCCAUGGACAUAAUCUACAUGCAAUGAUCUAUAUGCAACUUCUCUUGACUGCUAGUGCCUCUAUAAAGGAAGAAAUACAGAGAUGAUGGUGGAGAUGGACUUCGGGCUGGCCCUUCUUAAAGAAGAUAAAUUCUCUUUGCUACAAGAAUGAGCUUCUUGGGGCAAUUUGACUUUUGCAUCUCUGUAAAAGGAGUUUUUUUUCUGCUCACUACUGCAGACUUCACUCUUUGAAGCGCAUCUGCUUCUAGGGGUGAGGGGUAGUGCAGUCACAGUUCUGCUGACAGGCAAAAGAAAACACCAAGAUAUUCUUCUGUUACUGCAGCACAAGCCCUAGCAGUGAAUAAUAUAACUUUUUAAGUACCCAGAUUGUAUUUAUUCUAAAAAAUUAUGGGUUUCAUGUUCCUGAUGUAAAGAGAACUGCCUUUUUUUUUUUUUACUUCUGCUAGAUUGGGACUGCUGGAGAAAAUUCUUUAAUUCUUUCCUGGAAAUAGGAAAGCCCAAAAAGGUUGUAAUACAGUCAUGGUGUGGGGUAUAUGUAUUUGAUGUUUUUUAAAUAAAGUUUUGAAAUUAUAUUAUUAUAACAGAAAGUCCUACAUCACUGGAGAAGGGUGGAAAAAACAAGAGUUAAAUACUGUCUGGAAUGAAUCUAGUGAAGGAAGUGAAAAAAACAACAUGGCAGUCUGAAAGUUCUAGUGUUUUAAAUCCCUAAUUUCUUGUUAUACAAAAACAGGUAAGAGCACAUGAAGAGUUGAAUGCUGUUUAACAAGAAGGCAGUGUGCUUAGUCAUCAGUUCACUGUGACUGUUUGAAUUGUUACUUGAAGACUUACUUGGGGGCAAGCUGUUAAUCCACAAAUGGAUGUCACAUGGACUCCACACCACUUGGACUGAGGAAGGAACCAGUUAAGUAACAACACAAGGAGGAUGCCUUUUGGGUGUUAAACUUGUGUGACAGUUCUAAACUAGGAUGUAGCAUUCAUAAACCCAUCUGAAACACGAAGGACUGCAGACUGAAUUAGAGAACACUAUAAAACUCAAAGCUUUAUUCUGUAAAACAAGAAUACAAACAUAGAAAAUGCUGGACAGACACUACAGACACAGACGGAACAACUCCAUCCCCAGAACUAGAGCCCAGUGGUCGUUAAAAUACAUGGCUUUGUUUAUUUAAAGUUUUCCUGAUAAACAGCUGCUGCCAUUGUAGAGAGGUAAAAAAAUUGCUUGGUUGAUUUGUUUUAGGGUUAUCUCUGGUAAUAAAACAGCCCAGGCUUUUAACAUGAGAA